AUGCCUGUUUUUCUACAAGUCGGUGAGGAAGAGAUUCUCGUUUCCUCUGUUUCUCUUCUCUGGCCUCGCAGGGCGUUGCGGAGACGGCACGGAGCAUCGCAGAACUUGAGUUCCUUGCGAGCGAUGGAUGGCCGCGAGUUGUCCUUCUCUCUCGCCUCUCUCCUUCAAAAUGCAGGCGAGUUUCACGAGUUUUCUUCUCCCUUCUUCUUAACUGUUGCUGCUGACGUUGAGCAUCCGUGGGCACCACUCUCCCGAGUCAGAAAAGAAGUCCUGAAGAUCUCGUCUUCCUCUCCUUCCUCUCCUUCUUCUCCUCCUUCUUCCUCUGUUUCUUCUUCUCCGUUUCCUUCAUCUCUCUCUUCUUCUUCUUUUUCAAAUUGCGAGCAUCAGAGGCCAGCUUCCGCUUCUUUGGAUGCGGAGUCCGGCGCAUGCUGUGGGCAUCGGCGCGAGCAAAGACGACCUGAAGGAGAGGUUGGUCGAGCAUCUCUCCCAGGCCGUUGUGGGAGCGCCCUCGCUCGGCCCGAGGUGUACGUACAGGAGGUGUGGAGCAGCGACCUGUGGGAUCGAACGGGAGCGGGGCGUUCGUGGACGCUGCUUCUUCGCGAGAGUCUGCUGAAGUUUUUGGCAGCUCCCGCAAAGACCAAAGUGCUACUUCUAGUUCACCCUGAUGUCUGGUGUCUGCCCGUCUCUUGGCUGCCUGCUUCGCUUCCGCGCGGCGCUUCUGCAGCAGCGCAUGCGUCGCGAGAAAACCGAGGACAAGGCGAAGCCUGCGAAAGUGCAGAGACACCCCCUGGCGCGCGACUCGUGGAGCAGCUGACUGAGGCGCUGAGAGAUCAACUGGAGGAGAGCGACGAAGAAGAGCGAGAAGGCGAGGAUGGCGAAGAAGACGAAGAAGACGUAAAGAGUCCUGGCGGCGCUUUAGCCAGCAGAAGGCGAGACGGCGCGCGCCGCCGCAGAACAAACCAAAAAGAGAAACAAAAAGAGCUCAUCGAGGCAGAACUCGACAACGUCUUUCGUUGGCUCCAAGAGGCUCUGCUGCUUCAACGUCAAGACGAGGAAAGCAAGCACAGGAGACGUGGAGGAUCGGACUUGCUUGCGCAUGCACUCAACUUUCUUGCCGAGUGCGAAAGGUGCACACGACACUCCAAACCUUCAUGGGAUCCCAGUCUUCCUUCUUCUUCUUCAUCUUCUCCCUGCUCUUCUCUUCUGUCUUCUUCGGCUGAUCGCGUUUUCGUUAUCGGCGUUCUUCGCAUGCCUUUGAGGUCCGGCUCUGUUUUCCAGAGGGCCUUUCCUCUCCACUUUCCCCUCUGGCGAAUCUCCCGCGGUUCCGACGAAGGCAGCGGACAUCGUCGCUUGGAUGCGCGAGGACGCCCUGGCAGGCGACACCGAGACGAAGAACUUGUCGACGGCGGAGUGUCAGCUGAGGCAACGAGAACCGGAUUCCCUGACUUCACAGACAAACAGGAGUCCGAGACAGCGCCAGAGCAGAAAGCAGGCCACAAAGACACCGAACGCAGCGCUGAAGGAGACAGAGCAGACGCGAAAGCAGAGGAGAGAGAAGAAGAAGAUGAUGAUGAAGCAGAAGAAGAUGAAGGAGAGGAAGCAGACGAAGAAGAUGAAGACGAACAGAUGGAGAGAUAUCGCGAGGCAGCUCUCGGUGCCGUAGCCGCUCUUGCGGAGGAACGAAUUCUUGAGUGCGAAGAAAAUUGGGAUGAAGUCUUGCGGUGGAUGUUGCAGGGUACCACCACCCCUAGCUCGCUCGCCGCUGAUCCUGAAGGCCCAGUGAGAGGGACAAAAGCAGAAGACAGACAAACGAGCGGGGAUGGCAGAGGACGAACGGCAGACGAGAAAGUGCGAGGAGAGCGAGGGAGAGGAGAAGAAGAGACAAGGGGAGUAGAAGAGAAAAGGAGAGAAGGAGAGGAAACGAGACAAGAAGAAAAUCGGAGACAGAGAAAGCUUAUAUUGGAUCCAGGAGAUCAGAGCUGGAGAGACGCGGACGAUGAGGCGCAACUUGCGGAGUCCUCGGGAGACAGUGGAGGGUGUCAGGACCUUUAUGCUUGGAUUCCAGAAGACGAGGAAAACGACAUCCUCCUUGACUCCAGAGAAAGACGCAUUUUAAAUCUCUGGAAACAACAAGCCGGUCUCGGUCCACCGCAGUCGGGGCGGCACAGCUGGAGUUACGCAGAAGAGAGCAAAGAACACCCAUCUUCUUCUCUGCCAUCUGUUCUUUCUCCCCGUCCUGCCAGUCAUUCGGCAUCUUCCUCUACGUCUUCUUCUCGCGCAUCAUCGUCUUCGUCUCCUUCUGACUCUGCUUCUGCGUCCUCCUCUGUGUCUUCUUCUCCACGGUUGUCGUCGAGUGCUUCGUGUACUUCUUCCUUGAUUGGUUUAUCAGCUUCCUCAAGUUCCAGUUCUGCAUUUGUCUGUCCCUCGUCUGCUCACUGUCGUUCGUGUUCCGCGUUCGCGCUUCUCCCACCGCCUCCUUUGUUUGCCUCCUUUCCGGGAAGACCUGUUCGUGCAGGAGCCUCGGCGAGGGCGCAGAGCGCAUGCAGAGACGCUGAAAAUUGCGAGGACACUGGAGUGGCUGAGGAGUCAAGACCGCGCGUCUCUUCCGUUGGGCUGAACGCCCCUCCAUCGUGCCUCGCGACGGCAGCGAAAAGCAGGCGCAGACGCGAAGGACAAGAGACGGGAGUUGAACGCGCGGUCGCAAGAGAGAGCUUCUUGUUUUCAGGCUCCGCCUCGGGGGAUUCCACACAUCUCACCUUGUUUGAACAGAUUCUCAGAAGACGGGGGUUGGCCGCAACGCACUUGCUUCCACCGCACAACGUUCAGAUGCUUCUGAGGGUGCCUUUGAAUGAGGAGACACCGAGCGCGAGAGGGCGAGACAGCUGUCAGACGCCAGAAGCCGCCGCUCUCUCAGAGCCGCGACCAACAGAGAAAGGCGGCUCGGACAGCGAGAUGCACUCUGACGGACGCUUCAGCUCAACGGAUCUCGGACUGCCUCCCCGCCUGGCGACGGUCAGAGCGCCUCGAGCUGUGCUUAUUUGCGGUCCAGCCGGGAGCGGCAAAACGACGCUGCUGCACGCCUUGGGGCAGCUGUGGGGACAGGGAUUCGGUGGGGAGAGAGUAGCCGAGGCCUCCGGCGAACCUGGCGAGAAGAAACCAGGACUCAGACGCAGGAGAGGGGGGGGCGGCGAAAAUCGCACAAGCAGCGGCGGAGGGGCGAUUCACACACACGUCGGCGACCUGCUGCAGGCCGUCGUUGGCGGAUCUCAAAGAGCGUUGCUCAACAUCUUCGUCAAAGCAGCAGGAACUAAUCCGCAUGCAGCGGUCUGCAUCGAGGGUCUCGACGCAGCUUUGGGGAUUCGAGGGGAACUCUGGCAAGCAGAAGAUGAGCCUGGGGAGGAACGUAGGCGAAAAGAGGAAGAGGAGGAAGAAGAAGAGGGUCAGCAAGAGAAGGCGAAAGAGAGGCUGAGAGAGGACAGAACUAUGGAAACGGGGAACAGUCAACGAGACAAAAAAGAAGAAAGAGGAGAGGCGGACGAGAAGGAGGAAGAAAGGAGCAGAACUUCGUCCUUUUCUAGCGAGGAGAGCAGUGAUGUGAGCAGUUACUUUGAAGAGUCUCCUGAUGAAGACUCACCUGCUCAAGAGGUCCAGAGAAGCCUCGCGCAGUUCUUCGUGACACUCGUUGGGGUGUACGUACACCACAUUGGUGUCCCGCUCAUCUGUACAGUCAGCAUACACCCCGAGAGCCUGCCGCCAGAGAUUAUGCGUUGUUUCCAACAGGUGAUUGUUUUGCGGCCGAUCCACUUUUGUCUCGCGGACACCCCAAACUGUUAA